UGCACUUCCGGUUGGGCAAGGUUUUCCGGUACCGGCAGAAACACAACCUAUUUGGUAUUUGGUUACUAAGUCUCGACCCUAAGCAGAUGGAUCGUGGUAUUUUACUGUGGGUUAUGGACUUAUUACGGAGGUUAACAUCUUGAUACGUGUCUUAAUAUGUGAUUAUUUAAACGUUUGGUCAAAUGGACGAUGAAGGGUAGCAGGAAAUCCUUCCUUACCUGUUGUUGAGAGCAGGCCUAACUGUGAAAAAUGGAGGCUCUCGACCACAUGCUAACAGAUCCAUUGGAGCCAGUGAUGAGUGGAGAUCAGCUCGGCCCUGGCCUCAUGGAGGAAUGUUUGCUUGGAGGGACACGCAUCUGCUUACCUGAAGAUCUUCUGGAAGAUCCGGAGAUCUUCUUUGAUGUCCUAAGUUCCAAGACCUGGGACGAGGUGCUAACGGCUUCUCAGAAGGAGCAUCUUAGGAAAUUUCUACCACACUUCUCCGAGACUAAUUUAGAGCAGCAAAACCAAACAAUUGCAGCACUCUUCAGCGGAGAAAAUUUUCGGUUUGGCAACCCCUUGCAAGUGGCACAGAAGCUCUUUAGAGAUGGAUACUUUAAUCCUGAAGUGGUGAAGUACAGACAGCUGUGUUUCAAGUCUCAUUACAAGAGGUACCUCCAGUCUCAACAACAGCACUGCUACCAACUUCUAAAACAGCUCCUCGUUUCUAGGAAGGAAUUGCUGGAUCUUGCAAGGAAGAGUGGCCCUGAUUUGGUGGUGAAACGCACAUACCCCCCGCCUUUAUGUCAGCUAGAAGAAAAAGAGAGGCGAACUCAAAGGCGGUACCUGAAAAUAGUGAGAGACGUCAAAGAAGAAUGUGGCGACAGUGCACUCUCUUCUGACGAAGAAGACAAACUGGAACUAAAAGAAAUAGAUCUGAAGUUGAUGCUGAAACACCAUCGGGAGAAACGCAAACGGCAGCCGGACCAUCCUGACCUGGCAACAUCGGAGCUGACACUAACUGACAUCAUGUCCCGGGUAAAUGCUGGAAGGAAAGGGUCUCUUGCAGCUUUGUUUGACCUGGCAGUCCCUAAGAAGAAGGUAAAAGAGAAAGAAGAGAAGAAGAAGAAAAAGCUCAAAGUGAUAAAAACAGAGCCAGAAGAUUUGCCAGAGUUGUUGGCAACUCCUGAAGUUAUUCCAGAACUUCCACCGGAGCCUCCAGUUCCUCCAUUGACACCAGUUAAGGAGGAACCUGCUGAAGAGAUAAAGCCUGUGCCAGUUGGUGAAAAUGCAUCCUGUUUCUUCAGCCUUCUUCAGGAAAUCCUGCUACAGGAGGGGCACACCACCCUGCUUACGGUGGAAGAAAGGGUUCAAGAGUGGCAGACAUCACCUGGUAGGACAUUAAAUGGCUGGUUCUCCUUGUCCCCCAACUGGUCAGAACUUGUUCUGCCUGCUUUGCAGUUUCUCGCUGGAGAAAGUAAAGUGGGUGUAACAAACAUACCUCCCGGCUUUACUCCCUUUGUGGAAUACAAAGACAAGACCCAGCAGUGGCGGUGGAUUGAUCCCAGUCAAGAUUGUGAGAAGGAGCUUUUGACACUUUGUCAGUUGUGGCUAGAAACAAAAGACCAAGUCUACUGCAAGGACAGUGAUGAUCUUGACAUCGUUCCACCAAUGCAGAGGAUAAGGACAGACUAUGUAGUGCGACCCAGCACAGGGGAUGAGAAACGUGUCUUUCAGGAGCAGGAGCGGCACAGGUACAGCCAACCUCACAAGGCUUUCACAUUCCGAUUACAUGGCUUUGAGUCUGUUGUGGGGCCAGUCAAAGGUGUCUUUGACAAGGAAACAUCUUUGAAUAAAGCACGGGAGCACUCUUUGCUUAGAUCUGACCGCCCGGCUUAUGUGACAAUCUUGUCUCUUGUGCGAGACGCUGCUGCCCGGCUUCCUAAUGGUGAAGGAACCCGUGCAGAGAUCUGUGAACUGCUCAGGGACUCUCAGUUCUUGGCCCCAGAUGUCACUAAUGCUCAGGUUAACACUGUUGUGAGUGGUGCUUUGGACCGGCUGCACUAUGAGAAAGACCCCUGUGUAAAAUAUGAUAUUGGGCGUAAGCUGUGGAUCUACUUACACCGCGACCGAAGUGAGGAAGAAUUUGAACGCAUCCAUCAGGCACAGGCUGCAGCAGCCAAGGCUAAGAAGGCUCUUCAGCAGAAACCAAAGCCGUCACCGAAGAUUAAGUCCAGCACCAAGGAUACUCCAACUAAAGUUGUAUUAACAGGCCUUUCGGAAACAGUGCCAAUUAGUACAGCAGAGCCCAGCACGCCACAGCCAGUGGUGACCCCAACAACACCCUCCACGCCAACUCUGCCUGUAAAGCCGAUCACACCACCUCCAGUUACUUUGAGUACAAAGAGCAGCACAAGUGUUGGAGGAGAACCAGCCAAACCCAGCCAGAGCGUUUUGCUAGUAUCUUCUCCAAGCAUGCCGCAACUGGGAGCUUUGCUCUCUACCACUCAGACAGCACAACAGCAGCAGCAGCAACAGCAGCAGACGACAACAACUCCGCCUGCAGCGCGUGUCAUUACACAGACAACACCCCCUACAUUGCCUCAGGUACGGGUUGUAGCUGCACAGCCAAAUCUGUCAGCCAUUACACAGCAGACCACAGUGGCACCCCAGCAGCUGCAGAAGUCUACUCCACAAAUCCGUGUCUCGACUUCUAGUACACCAACCAAAGUACUGCCACAGACUCUGUUAACAGUACCAGUACGGACCCAAGGUACUGCUGCUGCUGGGAGCCACAUCCAGACCCAACGCCCAGCUGCUACCAGCAUAGCAGCUGUCACGGCAAAUGUCACUUCUCAGCUACCAGCCAGCACACCAUGCACCACUACAGCAAGCCCAUCUGUGACCACCACGGUGAUUCAGAAUGUAACUGGACAGAAUAUUAUCAAACAGGUGGCCAUUUCAGGGCAGCUUGGUGUGAAGACUCAGACAGGUACAAGCCUCCCAUUGCCUGCAUCUAACUUUAGAAUCCAAGGCAAAGAUGUCCUACGCCUUCCACCUUCUUCUAUCACAACAGAUGCCAAAGGACAAACUGUUCUGCGAAUCACACCAGAUAUGAUGGCCACCCUGGCUAAAUCGCAAGUGACAACUGUCAAGCUGAGUCCUGAUAUACUGUCAGCGGCAGCCAGCACCAGCACAAAAGGAAUUUCUGCCACCUUGCAUGUCACGCCUUCAUCUGUUCACAGUGCUGAUUCAUCAGUCAAGACUGUAAGUGGUGCAACUGUUGCCUCGUCUGCAGGCACUACUGUUGUCAAAGUGACACCAGACUUAAAAAUGGCAGAGUCGGCAAACUCUGCAAUUCGGCUAAUGCCUGCUUUAGCAGUAAGUAUGGCAGACCAGAAAACCAAGACUUUUACUACUGUGGCCUCCACUGAUUCAAAACCAGCAACAACCAUCCGAAUUAUGCCUGGACUUGGGGUGAUUCCAUCAAAGCCAGGGCAAACCAUCACAGUGACAACCACUAAUAAGCAAGUGAGUGUACCUGGGGUAUCUAACACUGCAAGUCUGACUGUACCAUCUGUGAGCACAGCAGUGGCAAAGACAGUUACUGUGACAUCAGGAGUGGCAGGAACACCAAUAACAAUUGGAACUGGGAGCCAGACAGUACGGCAGAUACCAGUGAGUGCUACAGUGGUGUCUUCAACACAGGCUGGCAAGCUCCCUACAAGAAUUACGGUUCCACUUUCAGUCAUCAGUCAGCCAAUGAAAGGGAAGAAUGUAGUGACAGCACCAAUCCUUAAGGGCAGCAUUGGAGCAAACAUCAGUGGGCUUGGACGGAACAUCAUUCUGACAACGAUGCCAGCAGGAGCCAAACUGAUCGCAGGGAACAAGCCUGUGAGUUUUGUGACAGCACAGCAACUACAGCAGCUGCAGCAGCAGGGCCAAGCGACUCAGGUGCGAAUUCAAACUGUUCCAGCAUCACAGCUCCAGCAGGCAGCUGCAGCCAGCUCUCCAAAGCCAGUCUCUGCUGUUGUUGUAACAACAGCCCUGUCUCCAAAACAAGCUCCAGAGCAGCAGUGACCUUUCAGUUGUAUGAAACUAGUCACUGCCACACCCUCAUGUCUUCCAUGGUGCUUUUCCCUCAUUGUUCUUCUUUUGAAGUGGGCAGUGACCAGAGUGUUGAGGGGGUGGCAUGAGGUGUGGUGUUGGUACAAGAUCAGUGCAUCUCCUUUGUGGAGGAUUUUUCUGAAUGACAGCAGGUUUCUUCAAUAUGUAGGCAUAGUUGGUCUUGUCUGGAUUGUUGAAUUUGCAGCAGAUGUCUGCUGUCAUGGCAGUGGGAGGAAAAGGUACCCAGCUUUGUUUUUUCAUCUGAAAUCUUUUUUUGAGGUUGGAGCUGUGUACUGGGUCCAGGCUGAUUCACCUGCUGUAAGUUCCACGUCCUGUUUUAUUAUACCAUCUCGAAGGAACCUGGAGCCUGCAAUGCAGAAAUAAGAGAAGAGAAUUGAGCUGAUCUUGACUGGCUUGGAAUAAUUCACUGCAGGGUUUUUCUGCCUUUAAAGAGCGAGUCCAGCAGUUCACUUUGUCAGUUAAUGAAGCUGAGCACUUGACUCCAGUGAAACAGUCCAGAAUUACAGCAGUGUUCAGUUUUCUUUCAUAACUGAGGAGUACUGUGCAGCCUAUGGCAGCUUUUUGUUAGUAAAAGCAGCCGCAGUUCUAUGCAAAAGUGGUGAUGCAUUUUAUGCAGCACUAGAAAUGAGGAGCCAUGGAUGUCUGCUGAGAGUUAUGUGGGAGCUACAGAACAUUACCAUUCUCUCCAGAUCAAACAAUAUUUUUGAUGGCUUUUUACCCUCCCAUGUGUUUCUCUCAUAUCUAUUGAAGAUGUUGGAAGGAUGAUUUCACUAGAACAUUAUUUAAGUUUUUGAAGGGCUUACUGAUUUUGUACAUAGACUUUUUCUGGACUUGUAAAAUGUACAGUCUUUUUUCAUGUGGUUCACGUUUCUCUGUUAAACCAUUUCCCAACUUAUUUGUAUGUUUUGUUGUGUAAAUCAAAAACCUAAAUAUAUUAUAUGGUAAACAAG